AUGGAGGAGGAGGACAACAAUUCUAGUGAGACUGACGUUCCAUUGGGUGAUGCUUCGACUAGAGACAGUAAGGUUGAUUCAGAACUUGUAAUGGAUUAUAGUAAUGAAUUUGAUACUCAUGAGAUUUUCAAGAGUCGAGAUAAGUUAAUUCGAUGGGCACAUCAAGUUGGAAGAAAAAAUGGAUUCGUUAUUGUCGUGCAGAAAUCAGAUGGGGGUGGUAUUCGAGAAUAUCUUGAGGGUCAUUCUUAUGCUGGAAGGUUGUCACAUGAGGAAACCUUUUUGUUGGUGGACAUGUCGAAGAGUAUGGUACGACCGAAUGAGAUAUUGGUUACAUUGAAACAGCGUGAUGAUGCAAAUGCUUCCACAAUGAAGACAAUUUACAAUGCACGUCAUAGGUAUAAAGUUGCUGAGAAAGUUAGGAGAUCUCAAAUGCAACAACUAUUAGGUCAGUUAGCGAUGAACAAGUACAUUGAGUGGCAUAGGAGCUGUGCAGAUACUGAGACAGUGACUGAUUUGUUCUUUGCACAUCCUACUAGUUUGAAUUUGUUACGUGCAUUUCCAAAAGUAUUGUUGAUGGAUUGUACCUAUAAGACCAAUCAAUAUCUGUUGCCCCUUCUGGAGAUUGUAGGUGUGGCAUCGACAGACAUGACUUUUUCAGUUGCAUUUGCAUACCUUCAGUAUGAGAAGGAGGAUAACUAUACAUGGGCAUUUGGUCUUUUGUGUAGUCUCAUGGAUGAAAAUACUCUUUCUUCUGUUAUUGUCACAGAUAGAGAAUUGGCCCAUAUGAAUGCCAUAUGUACGGUGUUUCCUGCAACUACAAAUUUGUUGUGUAGAUGGAAUAUUGGAAAAAAUGUGCUUUCCAAUUGCAAAAAGAUGUUUGAGACCAAGGAUAAAUGGGAAAUGUUUAUAAUGAGUUGGAAUAUGUUGGUUAUGUCAUCGUCUGAAGAAUUUAAGGAGCUUCGUGGUAAUGUCUCAAUUACUGCAUUAGAGAUCAUAUUGGCUGAGUCUAAACGAGCAUCUUCUGUUGGUAUUGAUAUUACGACAUGUGGAUAUGUUGUUCGACGUACUCAUGGUUUGCCAUGUGCACAUGAGAUAGCAAAUUACAUGAGGGAAAAUCAGCCAAUUCCCCUAUCUUUGGUUUGUUCAUAUUGGACUAAGCUUGAUAUGUUGAGUACCCCACACACUGUAAGUGAAGAGUGGACUUGUACACCUGAGUUAGAAUUGUUUGCCAAACGAUUUGAGGAAGUGGAUCCAGAUAUGAAAAGGUUUUUGUUACAAAAAUUGAGGGAGUUAGCCAAAUCUGAUUGUACAUUUUUGAUUGAGCCGGAAGUGAAGUCUAAUCCACGGGGUCGGCCAAAAUUGAAGAUUGAGACCUCCACUCGUCGUGAGCCAUCUGUGUUUGAAAUAGUUGCUUCAGCACAAGAUAGUUAUCCACCCGGAGUCAUUGCCAAGGCAAGUGUAACAACAAAAAAUGUGAAAACAAAGAAGAAAGAAAAGGAUGUUAUAGCAGAUGGCAAUUAUGGGUUUCGAGCUAUUGCUGGUUUGAUGGGUUUUGGAGAAGAAGGAUGGUUACAAGUGAGAAAAGAUUUACUUAAAGAGUUGCAUGCGCAUAGUGACCACUACUGGAAAUUAUUUGGAUCACAAGAGAGAAUCGAUGACCUGACCAACAUCUUGGCAUAUUUUGAACCAAACCCUAGGUUGGACCGGUGGAUGACGAUGCCUGACAUGGGUCAUCUUAUAUCGUCUUUCUACCAAGUCGUUUUAGUCCACUUGCCUAUGCAACAAUGUUUGACAUUCCUCCCUCUUAGGUCAAUACCGACGUCUGCUGCCUCUCGCAAGGAGAUAUGUAUUGGCUUUGUCAACAACAACCAUUUUGUUCAACUCAUUUUGGAGCCUGGUCAUCCUAUUCUACCAAUAGCAACUAACUGGCGGAGGUACCAUGACCCUUGUGCAGUAGGCUGGAAUGUUGCAUACAGUUCCAGAGUGCAACAUUUCAAAUCACCAAUCAAUCGAGACGUAGCCACAAUCGAAACAGUAGACUUGGAUGAGGACUAA